AAUUUUUUAUAGCAUAGUGGUGCGUUCCAUCAUCAUCAUAACAGACAUCUCGGAGGGAGGCGAAACAACGCAACCGGCAAUCCCGACAUGUACGGCGGCGCCUCCUCCAAGCUCGGCCGCGGCGGCUCCAACCGCCGCUCCUUCCCUCCUCCUCCGGCGCCUCAGCGUUCAUCCGCUCCAGGAGGCCGCCUCUCCCUCGGCUCAUCCUCCCGCAACGCCGCGAAGGAGACGGCAUCGACGGCAGCGGUGGAGGAGACUUUCAGCCUGACCUCUGGCAGCAACCCGCUUGCAUUCUCGAUGAUCAUACGGCUUGCACCCGACCUCGUGGAGGAGAUCAGGCGCGUGGAGUCACAGGGCGGCACUGCGCGUAUGAAGUUCGGCCCCAAUCCUCACAGCGGAAACAUUAUAGAUGUUGGUGGGAAGGAGUACAGGUUUACGUGGUCAAGGGAAUUGGGUGACCUCUGUGAUAUUUACGAAGAGCGUAGGAGUGGCGAAGAUGGUAAUGGUUUGCUUGUUGAAUCUGGGUGUGCCUGGCGCAAACUGAAUGUGCAGCGUAUCUUGGAUGAGUCGACGAAGAAUCAUGUCAAAAGGCGGUCAGAGGAAGCUGAACGCAAAAUGAAGUCUCGCAAGUAUGUAGCCAUAAUUGGGGAUAUUCCUUACUCUUUACCUCAUGAACUUCGUAUUAUGCACUUAACCUUUGAAAACCUUGUCUUUUCAAAUUUGAAGGGAUUCCUUGGAUCCAAAUUUAUGAUUCUGUUUGCUAUUGUGGCUGUCAUGGUCGUUGUGAUUUUGGCAUGCAACCUGCAUUCUCUUGUCAUCACCAGCGAGUCUUCAGGCAUUUGA